AGUGAUGGUUAGAUCGGAAACGUGGAGGAAGAAGUGUACGAAAAGAGUGGGUGUGUAGGGUGGGUCAAUCAAGGGAAGGGGCCAGGCUGGAAGUGGAGGAGGAGGGUUGUUCUGAGCCUGAGGGGGGAGGGAGGGAGGAUCGAUUGAGGACUUGUUUGAGGAAAGAUAGUGUUUCGCAGCUUGAUGAGCUCAGUUCUUCAAUCCUCUUUACUGCAAGCUUAGCCCCUUCUAUGUAAGUCCAUAUACACAUAACAGCUGGUCCCAUUCUGGAUCUGUUUAGCAUGUGUCCUUUUCUGUUAGAACAGGCUCAGUUCUCCCAGCGUGUUCGUCUGUUUUUAUGCCCUUAUGGCCUUUUUUUUUUUCUUCCUGGUUCUGUCAUGACUGAAGACAAAAACCCCCGUCUGGUUUUUUGUAUCAUGCAGUUUGGAUUUUUAACUGUUUAUGGUGUUUUAAGUCCAACUGAGCCUGGUUAAUGCCCUCUAGCCCAAUUCUGAAGUCCACUUCAUUUUAAGCCUCCUCUUUGAAACUCCCACCUCUCAAGAACGCUCAACACUGCCGCCAUCCUACCACACCACACCCUACUCCCUCAUCUCUCCCAUCCCCAUCUCAGACCAACCAACCACCUCGAGCGCAUCGCUUACUUCUUAAUUAUCAUCAACCUUAAUCUCUUCAGUACACUUCUUUCGAAUCUCCUUGAACAGCCUUCUGUAACCUCCAUCAUCUUCCACCAAGCCCUAACCAUUGCUGGAACUCGCUUCCAGCAGCCCCCAUCUGCUGUGCCUCUUGACCACUUCUACCUCUCUCCCCCUCCCUCCUCCUCCUCCUCCUCUCCGCUUACCUCAGUCAUUCUCUUCCAACCGAACAAUCAAAUCCAACCAUGUCAGCUGCCCACUCCUCCCACAACUCGAGCAGUAACGUCGUAGGCGUUCACUUUCGUGUCGGAAAGAAGAUCGGAGAAGGCUCAUUCGGCGUCAUCUUUGAGGGUACCAACCUACUUAACUCUCAAACGGUAGCGAUCAAGUUCGAGCCCAGGAAAUCCGAUGCUCCUCAACUCCGAGACGAAUACCGCACCUACAAGAUUCUUGCUGGCUCUCCUGGCGUUCCUCAAGUCUACUAUUUCGGUCAGGAAGGUCUCCAUAACAUCUUGGUUAUUGAUUUGCUCGGUCCUAGUCUUGAAGAUCUGUUCGACAUGUGUGGUCGGAAAUUUAGCGUCAAGACGGUCGUGAUGACUGCUAAACAAAUGCUCACCAGAGUCCAAACCAUUCAUGAGAAGAACUUGAUCUACCGUGACAUCAAGCCUGACAACUUUCUGAUUGGACGUCCAGGUACCAAGGCUGCCAAUGUGGUUCAUGUGGUCGACUUUGGGAUGGCCAAGCUAUAUCGAGACGUGAAGACCAAAGUUCACAUCCCAUACAGGGAGCGCAAGUCACUCUCCGGAACCGCCCGAUACAUGUCCAUCAACACCCAUCUCGGUCGAGAGCAGUCUCGUCGUGAUGAUCUUGAGGCCCUCGGUCACGUGUUUAUGUACUUUCUCCGGGGCGGCCUCCCCUGGCAAGGACUCAAGGCUGCUACUAAUAAGCAAAAGUACGAGAAGAUUGGAGAGAAGAAACAAAGCACUGCGAUCAAGGAACUCUGUGAAAACUUUCCUGAGGAGUUUGGCAUCUAUCUCAACUAUGUCAGAAAGCUCGGCUUUGAGGAAACCCCCGAUUACGACUUCCUGAGAGAACUGUUUACCAAGGUCCUGAAGAACACUGGUGAAACCGAAGAUGGCGUCUACGACUGGAUGAUCUUGAAUAACGGGAAAGGCUGGGAGGCGAGCUCUACCAACCACGCUCAUUUGCACCCAGGUGGAGCAGCCCAUCAGUAUGAUAACCGUCAUCACCGAUCAUCCCGAGACCGUGAGCGUGAGCGUACCGAACGACACGCGAUGAAAGCCUCGCAGGCGGCAGGCUUACAGUACCCUAAUGAUCUUACCCGACAAGGCUCCAAGCCCGAACGAACGUCGACGAACCUGAGCAUGGGUAAGCAGAUGCCCGGCGGGAUGCCUCAAGGGACCGGUACCAGCUCCACCGCCGCGCUCCAAGGCGUACCCCCUCCGGACAAUGGAAUCUUACAAUCAUCCUCUGGCAAACGACAAAGUCAUCAAAGUGCUAAUCGACAAGAGGCCAAUCCUAGUCGCUCUUCUAACCAUCCUUACGCUUCCCCCAACCCAGCUAGCGGCACCGGCCAAACAUUUGAUGGUUCUAACAAUCAACGUGCUAGUUAUGGCAACAUGCCCGCUCAUCUCAAUAAUCAUCUUCAAGCUAACUCGCAACCUAAUCAUCAAUCCUCCCCUGAUCCUCUCACUUCUGGUCAGAAACGUCCGAUCAAAUCUAACGAUAAUCAGGAUCCUCCUAGGUCGAUUGGAUUGAAAAUCUUGGACUUCUUGACUUGUCGUUGCGGAUGAUCCCCUUGCUAUCAUCACCCUCCCUUCCCCACCUCCUCUCACACAUUGUUCUAAAACUCUUCUUUCCUUUUUACCCUUUGUUCUCUCCACUUCCGAGAUCCACUAUGCUCACUUCCUCCUUUUUCCUUGUCUGACACUUGAUGGUUAUUGAUUAUCAUCAUUUUCCUUCUUCUUUACUGACUUUCACAAGCUUGUCAUCACCUCACUUCUCUCACCAUCUCUUCCUUCCUCACUUACUCUCCACACAAAUCCUCAUCUACUCCCUGUUCCUUUGUCACUUUUUUUUUGGUGUCAUGUGUGUUUUUUCUUUGUUGGUCUAUUUUUUUUCUUACUUAUCUUUGUUUGUUACUCUCAUUAUUUAAUAUAUCUCAUCAGUUUUUUUCCCCCUUCUCUCUUAUCAUCAUCACUGACUUGAGUUUUUUGUUCUUUUUGUUCUACCCUCAUUUGAAUCCCUUUUUUUUCAAUUAUAUAUUCUACAUAUAAUAUUGAAAAUACAUCCCCUUUUUUUUAUUGAAGUUUAUCUCUCUGUUCUCCUCUUUAUACAGUUGCUACUACUGAUUACCCUUUCCAGCUCUAUGAAUCUUUUAUAAGCAUCCCUAGCUUUUCUUUUCAUUUUUGUCUGUGUCUCUUGAACCCUCACCUCCAAUUCACCCCCUCCCCUUUUUUUUAUUGAUAACACAUUUCUUUUUUUUUUGUCUUCUCCUCUUUGUUGGUUGGUUAUCAUUUUUUUUUUUUGUAAAGA